AUGGAUAGUGCAGAAAAAACUCAUUUCUAUUAAAAACAAUGAUCUAAAUCACCCUAGACAGUAGUGAAAUCGACAACUGAGUGACUAAAGAUUCUGAUAUCGAGUGAAAACAGAGUUUACGGGCAGUUCCUGUGGGUGAAAUUGUGAAGUGAAAAUGCCGAGCACUCUUUUGUUUGCCACCAACAAUGAGGGGCGGGUGUACGCCCUGUCGACGGGCAACUCGGCGUGGCGGGAGUUUCUCUAUUUGGGGCUGGAGUUCAAGAAGGUCUCCGCGGUGCCCCACUUCAUGUGGUCCAUCGGCGGCGAUCGGCAGGUGUACGUUCACGUGCACGGCCUCGACAUUCCCAUUCGCGUGAAGGAGGAGGCCUUCGAGAACGAGCGCUGGCUCCCGCUGGAGGGCUUCAGCAGCCGUCUCCUGCCCACGGAUCGCUACAACUUCUCCAACGUCGACGGGACUGUGAAUCGAGCCAUCGAUCGCAUCCGGCUGCCGUCGAUGGCGUGGCAGUGGGAAGGCGAUUGGCACCUGGACUGCUCUCUGGACGGACAGCCGCUGGAUCACGAUGCCUGGACGUAUGCUCUCGACUUCCCGGCCAAGUUUCAGAUCAAGAAGAACUGGAAUUCGUGCGUGCGACGGCGGAAAUGGGUGAGAUUCCGGCGAUACAGCGCCAUGAAUUCCUGGUGCGCCGUGGCGCCGCUGCACAAGGAUCCCACACAGGAGCCGUUCAUAGACGUGGCCAUCGGUGGAACAGCAGUGCCGGGUCUGGCGUCAGGAACUCUCCUCGUGUGGGCAAUCACAGCUCACGGGAGAGUGAUGAUCCGCGCUGGCGUGAGCACGACAUCGCCUGAGGGGCUGCGCUGGACGGCGAUCUCCACGCCGUCCGGCUGUGAAGUCUCCCAGAUAAGCGUGGGAGCCACGGGAUUGGUCUGGGCCAGUCUCUAUUGCGGACGAGCCAUCGUGCGCACUGGCGUGACGAAGGACUCGCUCAUGGGCGAGAGUUGGCUGGAAGUGAAGCCGCCGGGCAGCGGACUGAAGAUCAUGCAAGUGUCUGUGGGAACAAACUCCGUCUGGUGCGUCACGAACGACAAUCACGUGUGGUUCAGGCGGGGCGUGAAGGGCGAGACGGCGGGCAUCAGUGAGGAUGCUGCCAUCGGGAAUGGUUGGGUGGAAAUGGUGGGCAAUAUCUCGAGUGUCUCCGUGGCGGCCAAUGAUCAAGUGUUCGCCGUGGGCUCAGAAGAUCGCGCUCUCUAUUUCCGAUCGGGCGUGUCCACCAGCGAUCCCACGGGCAAGAAGUGGCGUCUCAUUCAGUGCCCAAUGCAGCUCAGCCGGACAUCGAGCAUGGCAUCCCUCGCGUCUCGACGAAGUGGCUCUGGAUCGCCAGGCUCCAGGCAUCGCAGCUUGAGUAGUUUGCUGAGAGGACAACACCAGGCGGAGAGCAUGAUUCUCAGUGAGGAGAACGAGGAAACGUCGAGAUCGGCGCCCACAGUGAAUCCUCGACACAAGCCGGAGCUGUGGCAGAAGCCCGUUGACUCUCCGCCCAGCACGGUGGGUAGCUUGACGACAGCUGAAGCCCGGAAGGCGGCUCGUGAAGAGGAGGCGCUGUGCGAGAAGCUGCAAAACGUGGCUGCAAGUGCGCCAGUUGAGGAGAUAUUUGAAUUGUCUGGCAGACACUUUGAGACUCCGCUGCGGAAUCCACGCGCCUGGAGUCCUGUCCGGAGUGUGGGCUCAAUGGUGGGCACAGAAGCCCAUCCGGAGAGUGAUUCUGUGGUGUUCGACGCGGAAACUUCUCGGGAUUCGGGUGUGUUUGGGGAGGAGGACGACCACGGCGGAUCUCAGUAUUGGGCGGAGUGCGAUGUUAUCUGGACAGGCUGCAGUGCCGGCGCAGUGACUGUUGAUCCACAGAUGCUGCCCAAUUGGUUCAAUGACACCUUGUCGGGCAGUAGUCAAACGGAACUCAAUCAACCGUGGCGUCUGCGCAUUCUGGAGGAUCUCAAGGGACGUCUGUCGGAUGCCGAUGACCUGGACAAGUACCAGAUGGCAGUGGAGAUGUCCUCGUGGGUGAAGAGUGGCGAGGCGCGCGUAGCCAAAUCCCAUGGCGCCUUCGAGGACUGUCUGAUUGAGUUAGAAUGGGUGACUGCUUCGGGAAACAGUGGUCUCGAUUCGGGAACUCUCACGAUUCUCAAUCCCGACGGAGUGACAACAAAGAUGCAAUUUCCUCUGUCUGAGAUCACCAGCGUCAUGUGUCAGAGUGAACCGGGAUGCCCUCGUCUGGCCAUUCAUGCUCCGCGACUUCCGCUGGGAUCAUCGCUGAUCAAGCUACAAUUCGCCGGUGACACCGACAUGGAGGACUGGCUGUCGCAUCUCACUUCUGUCUGCUGCCAGAUAAACGAGGUCCACGGUCGCCCCUCAGACAAUUGCGUGUGGAUCACCACGAAUCUCGGCGAUGUGUUCGUGUUUGAUCCAUCCUCGCUGAAGGCGCUGCAGUUCAAGGAGGACAAGAGCUUGUACGUCCAGGAAAUCGACGUGUCUGCCACUGAGACGCCCUAUCACGUGCCACUCGCUAAUGGAUUAACACCUGGAACGGAGUUGGAAAUAUUUGGAUGUGUUUACGAUGAUGCAGAUCACAUAAGGUUUGAUCUGCAGUGUCAUCCGACAGUUAAAGUGCGCCACAAAGUGGAGUCACAGCGUCAUGUGCUCAUGCAUCUCAAUCCUCGCUUUAACGAGAAAGAGAUCAUUCUCAAUUCAAUGGAAAAUUCUCAGUGGAUGACCGAGAUAAGGGACAGUCGAAUGGUGUUCAGUCAAGGAGGGGAGUUCAAAUUGACGAUCAGAUGCGAAAGUGCUGGCUAUAGAAUCUCCGUGGAUGAUCGUGAAUAUCUCUUGUUCAAGCAUCGAGGAGCACCGGAAACGAUUAGCUCGUUGUUUGUCAGCGGACGCAUAAAACUCUUCCGCGUGGUUUACCAGAGUUCGUGGCCAAUUGUGCCGCUGCGGGAUGUGUUUUGGCGCCAAAUGGGAGGCCACUUGAGGCGCGUGGAGUCGUGCUGUGCCGGCGUGACGUGGGGCAUCAGCUACGAUGGGACAGCGUGGGUGUACACGAGUGGAUGGGGUGGGGCAUUCCUCAAGGGUCUGGAGACCAGCACCAGUGGGAUUCACACGAUGUCCGACACGCACAAGUACUACAUCUACGAGAAUCAGCGAUGGAAUCCCCUGUCGGGCUACACAUCGACGGGCUUGCCGACGGAUCGACACAUGUGGAGUGAUGCCACGGGGAAACACAAGCGCAGCAAGGAGCACACCAAACUCCUGUCCAUGCACUGGCAGUGGAUCUCGGACUGGCUCGUGGAUUUCUCCACGCCAGGUGGUGUGGAUCGCGAGGGAUGGCAAUACGCGGUGGACUUUCCUGCGACUUAUCACGGCAAGAAGCAGUUUACGGACUACGUGAGACGUCGUCGGUGGUUCAGGAAGUGUCGACUGACCAGUUCUGGGCCAUGGCAUGAAGUGGGCAAUGCGAAGAUUGUUGAUAUGGCACUGCAACCGGUGCCGGCGGCAGAUGAUGGCUUGUCCAGCAUUGAUCUGAUGAUUUGUGUGUGGGCUGUGGCGCCCAAUGGCGAUGCUCUGUUCCGUCAUGGCGUCUCGCAGUCAAAUCCCUCGGGAAGUUCGUGGGAACAUGUGGCCAGCGAGGAGCCUCUGGUGUCCAUCACGUGCACCACUGAUGCAAAAGUCUGGGCGAUUGGUCGCAAUGGGUCGGCGUUCUAUCGCUACGGCGUGACUCGAGAGAAGCCUUUGGGUGUGAAUUGGCAAGUGGUUGAACCGCCCCAGGGAGCGAGUCUGAAGCAAAUCAGAGCUGGAAGUGCAGGUGUUUGGGCGCUGGACUCCACGGGAAGAUUGUCGGUGAGGCGCGAGAUCAGCGUGACAUUCCCAGAAGGCUCUCAUUGGCAGUUGCUCAACAAUGUGCCUAACGAUCCGCCACACGGCGAGGGAUCAAACGUAGGCUUUCGCAGCGUGUCCGUGGGUGAGCAAGUGUGGGCGGUGUCCAACACGGGCUUCAUCUGCAAGCGAUGCGGCAUCACGCAGAACAAUCCCGCGGGAACUGGAUGGAAUUUGGGCAUUCUCGGAAAUUUCCAGCAUGUCUCAGUCAAUGGACUUAUUUAACUGUGAAAAAAUGCAGCUUGAAGUGUUUUAAUUUUAAUUGUAUUGACGUAUCUCAGUGUAUUUUACCAAAAAUUUC